UCCUCUGUACUGCAUCAUGUUAGGACAUGAGAAAGACAGCAUCUGUUUUUAAAUUAACAGCGAUCUUUGUGAUUUUAAGUUGAAAGCAACUAUCCUCGACUUUGAAUACAUGAUAUUUGUGGUGACGGUGUGAACAACGUUGUCUUAAUAUUGGACACGCCCCUAUUGACAGAUAGGCGCCCAUGACAUGAAACGGGAGCUUCAAUAAGGAAAUGUCACUACAGAAAACAGUUGUAAUGAGUACGCGUGCAGAGAAAAACUCAGCAAAUUUUCUUAACCUACCGCAUGAAUUACAGGCAUUAGUUUUCUCUUAUUUACCAAUGAAAGAUAUUUUCUCUGCAUGUCUAGUCUGCAAGCAGUGGAAUUCUGUAAUCAUGGAUACAGAAUUCAUAUGGAAGACCAAAUGCAAUACACUUCAAGAGUUACAACUAAGAGUUAUAGAUGACAAAGCAAAGGGCCAUAGCUGGAAGGAAACCUUUAAAAUGAAUUAUGGGAGGAAUGGAGUUAAGAGGAUGUGGCAGCUUGGAUACUUCAGCAACCCCGCAUCCUAUGAUGAUCUGCCUCAAGGGAUGUUCAGCAACAUGGACGUGGAUUCAUGGGCUGAUAUUUUCCAGCUAGAAUUGGAAAGAUCAUAACAACUAUUUCUCAUUGGCAUAUAAAAAUGAUUUUAUAAUAUAGAUUACUUUUAAAGAAUGAAUAUCUGUUGUGGUUUUAGAGCAUUUGUUUCUAAUAAGUUCUGAUUUUAAAGUGAAUUAUGACUUUGAAUAGUGCUGGGACAUUUAGAUCAUAUCAACAUGGUUUUUGAUAUAUACAUGUACUGCAGCAAUAAGGCCAUUUCUUUUUAUCUAGAGAUAAUGGAAAUUUUAUAUGUGUUAUUUUAUCUUUGUUUGGAUUGUUUAAGCUAGAUAAAUCCUUUCAAACAUUUA